ACAUUCUAGCAGUUGCGAGGUGCGCGCGCAGAACCGCAGAUAAAUAACUGUUAUUCAGCUUUAAAGUCUCUGAAACGAUCAUAUCACACAGAUUCACACACAGAUUCACACACAGAUUCACACAAUGAGCGACACGGAGAAGAAUUUCACUGAGCGAGAGAAGAAGAGAAGUCAGAAGAUGAAGUCAGAUGACGUUUAUAAUGACUGUUUUAAAAAAAAAAAGACAGAGUUGCAUGCUAAUGCUAACGGCGGUGCGUGAAGCUCCCGUGGCGGUGUGUAGCGUUUAUGGGCAGAGGGACAGGAUGAGGGGAAGAAGGAAGCAGUUGAAGGCAGACACAUGACACAAAUGAAGUGGAAGAAAGAAGAACAGAGGGGGUUGAAGUAAUGGAGUUAACGUGAAGUUGUCCACUCUCAGUAAAUAUGAUUGAAUCGCGAUCAGCGUCGAGGAGUGCGAGUCCCCGAGGUUCACACAAAUCAAGAAGCCGAUCCCCAGCACACUCGACCGCUCGCUCCAAACGCGACUCGCGCUCCAAAUCACGCUCCUGGUCACGCUCCAAAUCAGGCUCUCGUUCUCAUCGCAGCUCUCGGAGGCGCUACAGUCGCUCACGCUCUCGCUCUCGGCGGCGCCGCUCGCGCAGCCGCUCUUACAGCGGGGAUUCGCGACGACGACGGAGCCCCUCACACUCCCCCAUGAGCAACCGCAGGCGACACGUAGGCAACAGAGCGAACCCUGAUCCGAACACGUGUUUAGGAGUGUUCGGGUUGAGUUUGUACACCACAGAGCGAGAUCUGCGGGAGGUCUUCUCAAAGUACGGCCCACUUACAGACGUGUGCAUUGUCUACGAUCAGCAGUCGCGCCGCUCGCGCGGGUUCGCCUUUGUUUACUUCGAGAACAAAGAGGACUCACAGGAGGCAAAAGAGAGAGCAAACGGUAUGGAGCUGGACGGCCGCAGGAUCCGAGUGGACUUCUCCAUCACCAAGAGGCCACACACCCCCACUCCAGGGAUCUACAUGGGCCGGCCCACAUAUGGAGGUGGAGGUCCCAGUCUGAGUCGGCGUCAUGAUUAUUACGAUCGAGGCUACGAUCGCUAUGACGACCGUGAUUACUACAGCAGAUCGUACAGGAGGAGGUCUCCAUCUCCGUACUACAGCCGUGGUGGAUAUCGCUCACGUUCACGCUCUCGCUCCUACUCCCCCCGUCACUACUGAUCCCCGUCUGUGUUGAACUCUGAUGAUGUUAUUUUUAAUCCAGCUGUGAGUUUAGAGUUCAGGCAGCUGAAGCCGAGCCGUGUAUGUGACUGUUCUAGUGAUGAAGCUGUGUGUGUGUGUCUGUGUGUGUGUGUGUGUGUGUGUGUGU